CUGCAGCAAGUCGGAUCUGUAUGACCAUGUUUCGAACAGGCAAGGACUGUGAGUGAAAGGAGCGCUGUUUUCAAUAAUAAUAUAAGUAAUAUUACUAUAAUAAUAAUAAUAAUAAUUAGGGCACUGAUUUCUUGUUCAACCCACUCUGAAUUUCGUUUAUCCGUGUGAUCGUAUGCUUUCAUUACAUUCAUAUUAAACACAACAUUUCAUAUUUCAUUUUAUGAUGUGUUUCCAUACAAAAAAGUAACCCAGUUUUUAGGAUAGGCUACUUUUCCUGCACAAUCGAAGUUUCGCUUCUUUAUGCGGAAAGGGCAACUGAACAACUUUCUAUACUGAUGUAGGUUCCUUCUGUUCUUAAGGAGAACUAAGUGACAGGGCGUUCAGAGAAAGCGUAUCGUCUGCAGUAGGUUACUUGUUCAGACAAAUGUAGCCGAAUUUUCGCACAAAAUGGGAGCUGCUUUACUCGCGUUUCUUCUGGCUGCUUGCAGAUAUGCUCUUUGUAAAGAAACGCACGUUUUUGAUGGGCAUAUUGUUAAUUUAGCCGUUGGAAUCGAUAAACUAUUCGUCCUCACGGAUAAGCCUACUGAACUUCAUCAGAUGACCCUGAGCCUCACACUGGAAAUGCUUAAACACAUUUCAAAUUCAGCUGCAAACAACGUGGUGACUUUACUUCCUUUCAUCAGUAACGGUACUCUGUUGACAUGCGGAUCUCUCCCUGGGAAUCUCUGUGGAUACUGUGAAGUUCUUGACCUGAAUAACAUCUCUAGAAGGAUACAAAGGGACAGUGUCACCAUUGGGUCAUACUCAAAUAUUGCUUUUUUUACUGACCAUGGAACGAACAAACACUUAUUGGUGGCCAAAAACGGAGGAACGUCAAAGUGUGACAGUGACCCCUUAGUAACAUUACGGGAUACUGUAGAUGGUCAGAUUGGAGGAAUUUUCUCCAAAUUAGAUUUACAUGAUACCGCCAGCAUCCAACCAAUUAUUGGCCAGGGAAUUCAGUUUGUAGAUGGUUUCCAGUUGAAUGCAUCAAAUAUACAACGAAUCUAUCUUCUUGUGAACGUCAAGAACGGAUUCGAAUCAAAAGUCAAACUUCUGAGGCUUAAUAAUCGGGACACUAAAGGGGAAACCUUCCGAACCCUCCACGGUGCGGCGCUUCAGUGUUGCGACGGCAACGAAUCCUGGAUGCUUCUGUCCUCUGCUCCUAUUCCUGGAGGAUCUCAGGUGCUUUGGGCAGGUGUCUUUCAGGACAAGACUGGAGACGCCGCGGUGGCAAUUUUUGACAUCAGCCCAUGGCAAACAGCCCCUGUUUCAGGCUUCUGCUUUAACAAAGAUGAGUGUAACGUAGAAGAUAAACGCCAGGUUUGAAAAUAAUAAUGAAGAAAAUAUGUGCUGAAAUGUAUUUGUCUAUGUUGUUAUUUCUGAUUAAUAAGUUUAAAGGAAUCAUAUUACUGUGGUGAAGCAGUGAAUGACCACACCCCUGUUUAUCAGUGUUAUUGCUCUUCUACAGUCUGAUCUGAUCAAAGAUAAAGUUCUCAAGCCAGCUGCGGUGGUGUUCAGGUCCAGCAACAUAACAUCAGUCGCUGCCUUAAGGAGCAACUCCUGGAUUGUGCUUUUCUUUGGCACUGGAACUGGACUGCUGAACAAGCUUGUUGUAGAUGUAUCCCUCAGACCUGGCUGCCCCACUGUGCUGUACAGUUCAAAUGAGGAUCAACACAUUUUACCCAGGAUGCUCUUUACCCCAGUGCAUCACACAGACAUUUACAUGGCUCUGGGAAACCAGAUGAUAAGGGUCCCUGUGGCCCAAUGUGGUGUGUAUCAGACUCUGAGGGACUGCUGGUCUGCCCUGGACCCCUUCUGUGGCUGGUGUGUGUCUCAGAGCAGAUGCUCGUUUCAACAUGACUGUUCCAGCUCUGACUGGGUCUCAGUUCCUGGAACGUCCCAGCAGAGGGAGAUUAUUUCUGUCCACAUGAAGAGGAGCACCAAUGGGCAGGACAUCACAGUUACAGCCUCACCCAACCUGAACAGUGGCAUACAUUUCUCGUGUGCUUUAGAGAAGUGUGACAGCCCUGGGCCUUCUUCCUGUUCCUGCAUCCUCUCUAGUGAGAGCUUCCCUGCCGAAGGACUCAGCCUAAGCGUCAUCAUUACAGUCCAGAGGGAGACACUCAUUAAGGACGUGCGUUUGGAAAACUGCUCCGCUAUCAGAGGAGGGCCACCUUCUGUUUUGUGUAUGGAGUGCUUCUCUGCAGGGUGUGUGUGGUCUCUCUCAGGUGAUGCUUGUACCUGGAGGACAGCCUCCACAGAGGACAAUGUGACCACACAGGAUGUAUGUAGAAACCUCACACCAGGACAGAACCUGACAACGCCAGAAAUUCUGUCCGUGACACCUGAUGAAGUUUCCAUCCAUGGCCGAAAUGGUGCUGUUAUUAAAGGAAGGAACCUGGAAUCAGUCACGAAGAUCAGUCACCAGCAUUACCUCUGUUCGUCCAAACUAAAGCAUCAGACAUUACACAGCCUCCCCAUCAUGCAUCAGGAGCUGAACCCGUGCUUGGUGUUGUGA